AACUUGGGACCUGAGUGAGGUCUUCAUUGUUGCAGACUCUGUGGACAGAGGCCAUAGGUGCAGCUGUGAUGUCAGAGGUGGGAGACUGAUUUGCAUUUUCAGCAGGUGAGACCUGGUUAUUCAUUGGUUGGUGAGGAAAGAGAUGAUAGCCAGGGUGGCGUAAAACGGCAGUGAGCUCAGUAAACAACCCCCUCCCCGUGGUCUUGGUGGCAUCCCGCCCAGCCGUGUGACCAAGACAGCAAGGAGCAGCCUUUAAGGCAACACGGCAGAGUGGCAGAAAAAGAUGGGCCUUACCGGUUAGUUAAGAAGAAAAGAGGACCUGGUGCCUGUCCCUCUAGCUUUGAACUACAAAGUAGAGGGGAAUUUUAUCUGGAUUUUCCUGCAGAACUGAGGGCAGGACAUGAGGUUCUGCCUGCAGUCAGCAACUUGGAAUAUUCAGACUUCAGACCAGCAUCACAGAUUAUAACCGUCCGUAAAUCACCCGCAGCCCAGCUCCCAUCAAAAGCCAGCCUGCAAGACCCAUGGACACGUGACUCCAGUGUUGCCAACAACAUCUUAAGAUCAAGUUGGUUUGAGCAACGUGAGCAUCUAUUUGGGACAAAGCAAGAACAAUAAGGGUAAAAAAGUGAAAAAAAAAAAAAAAAGAUCCCUGAGUAAUUGCAAAUGCUGGGACAGUUUACCACUCCAAGGUGAAGAGUCCGUACCAACAUGUCUGCCUACUACAGGAAUAACGGAUCUGAGGAAGACCCAGAUUACCCUGGCUAUUCAGGGUCUCAGAACCGUAUGCAGGGGUAUUUGAAAACUCAGGGUUAUCCAGAUGUUCCAAGUCCUCUGAACAAUCCAGACUACCCUGGCCCCAGGAACAAUCCAUACUCUGUAGCCUCCAGAACACGUCCAGACUAUCCAGGGUCUCUAGCAGAACCAAAUUAUCCUGGAUCUCUGAGUAAUCCAGACUAUUCUGGCACCAGAAGCAAUGCAUACUCUGCAGCCUCUAGAACAAGCCCAGACCAUCCUACCUCUCUACCAGAGCCAGAUUAUAGUGAAUUUCAGAGUCAUCCAUACCACCAAGCAUCAUCCAGACAGCCAGACUACCUUGGAUCUCAACGAAAUCCUGAUUUUGCAGGCUCUAGCAGCAGUGGAAACUAUGCACGCUCCAGAACACAUCCAGAUCAUUUUGGCUCCUUAGAACCAGACUACCCUGGAGCUCAGAGCAACUCUGAUCAUCCUGGACCUAGAGCCAAUUUGAACCAUCCAGGCUCCAGAAGGAAUCUAGAACAUACAAGUUUUAGAAUCAAUCCGUACACAGACUCUCUGGGAAAGCCUGAUUACCCAGGCGCUGACAUUCAACCUAACUCUCCACCCUUUUUUGGGGAGCCAGACUAUCCCGGCACUGAGGACAAUCAGAACUUGCCAAGCACUUGGAGAGAACCUGAUUAUUCAGAUGCUGAGAAUGGUCAUGAUUAUGACUCUUCUGAGACCCCAAAGAUGACCAGGGGGGCACUCAGCAGAAUAUCUUCAAUCCAGCCCUUGUUUCACCACAGGAGUGACGGCCCCUUGGGCAACCUUUGGGGAGAGAAUGAAGAUUACCCUGAAGGCAUUGAAAUGGCAUCCAUGGAGAUGGCAAACUCAUAUGGCCACUCUCUGCCGGGUGCUCCUGGAAAUGGCUAUGCUUAUGGAAACCCAUCAUUGUCUGAAUAUGAUUGGCACAAGUCACCCCAAGGACAGAAGUUAAUUGCAUCUCUUAUACCCAUGACAUCCAGAGACAGAAUUAAAGCCAUCAGGAACCAGCCAAGGACCAUGGAAGAGAAAAGGAACCUUAGGAAAAUAGUUGACAAAGAAAAAAGCAAACAGACCCAUCGUAUCCUUCAGCUCAAUUGCUGUGUUCAGUGUCUGAACUCCAUUUCACGGGCUUAUCGGAGAUCCAAGAACAGCCUGUCGGAAAUUCUCAAUUCCAUCAGCCUGUGGCAGAAGACGCUGAAGAUCAUUGGAGGCAAGUUUGGAACCAGCGUCCUCUCCUAUUUCAACUUUCUGAGAUGGCUUUUGAAGUUCAACAUUUUCUCAUUCAUCGUGAACUUCAGUUUCAUCAUCAUCCCUCAGUUUACCGUAGCGGAAAAGAACACCCUCCAGUUCACCGGGCUGGAGCUUUUCACUGGGGUGGGUUAUUUUAGGGACACAGUGAUGUACUAUGGCUUUUACACCAAUUCCACCAUCCAGCACGGGAACAGUGGGGCAUCCUACAACAUGCAAUUGGCCUACAUCUUCACGAUUGGAGCGUGCUUGACCACCUGCUUCUUCAGUUUGCUAUUCAGCAUGGCCAAGUACUUCCGGGACAACUUCAUUAACCCCCACAUUUACUCUGGAGGGAUCACUAAGCUGAUCUUUUGCUGGGACUUCACUGUCACUCAUGAAAAAGCUGUGAAGCUAAAACAGAAGAAUCUCAGCACCGAGAUAAGGGAGAACCUGUCAGAGCUCCGUCAGGAGAAUGCCAAGUUGACGUUCAAUCAGCAGCUGACCCGCUUCUCUACCUACGUGAUGGCCUGGGUUGUCUCUACAGGGGUGGCCAUAGCCUGCUGUGCAGCCGUUUAUUACCUGGCUGAGUACAACUUAGAGUUCCUGAAGACGCACAGUAACCCUGGAGCGGUGCUGUUACUGCCUUUCGUUGUGUCCUGCAUUAAUCUGGCCGUGCCGUGCUUCUACUCCAUGUUCAGGCUCGUGGAGAGGUACGAGAUGCCGCGGCACGAAGUCUACAUUCUCCUGAUUCGAAACAUCCUUUUGAAAAUAACAAUCGUUGGCAUUCUUUGUUACUAUUGGCUCAACAACGUGGCCCUGUCUGGUGAAGAGUGUUGGGAAACUCUCAUUGGCCAGGACAUCUACCGUCUCCUUCUGAUGGAUUUUGUGUUCUCUUUAGCCGAUUCCUUCCUGGGAGAGUUUCUGAGGAGACACUCACCCUCUCUCCCUCGCAGGAUUGGAAUCUUCUUCUGCCCCCUGCUGCCCCUUAUCCAAAUGAUUAUGCUUUUCAUCAUGUUCUACACCAAAAACAUCAGCCUGAUGAUGAAUUUCCAGCCUCCGAGCAAAGCCUGGCGGGCCUCACAGAUGAUGACUUUCUUCAUCCUCUUGCUCUUUUUCCCAUCCUUCACCGGGGUCUUGUGCACCCUGGCCAUCACCAUCUGGAGAUUGAAGCCUUCAGCUGACUGUGGUCCUUUUCGAGGUCUGCCUUUCUUCAUUCACUCCAUCUACAGCUGGAUCGACACCCUGAGUACACGGCCUGGCUACCUGUGGGUUGUCUGGAUCUAUCGGAACCUCAUUGGAAGCGUGCACUUCUUUUUCAUCCUCACCCUCAUUGUGCUAAUCAUCACCUAUCUUUACUGGCAGAUCACAGAGGGAAGGAAGAUUAUGAUCAGGCUGCUCCAUGAGCAGAUCAUUAAUGAAGGCAAAGAUAAAAUGUUCCUGAUAGAAAAGUUGAUCAAGCUGCAGGAUAUGGAGAAGAAAGCAAACCCCAGCUCACUCGUUCUGGAAAGGAGAGAGGUGGAGCAACAAGACGCUUUGCAUUUGGGGGAACGUGAUAGCAGUCUUGACUUGCGAUUUAGAAGAUCAGUUCAAGAAGGUAAUCCAAGGGCCUGAUGACUGUUUUGGUAACCAGACACCAAUCAAAUAAAGAGAGGAGAUGAAAAUGGAACAAUUUCUUUCAUGCCACCUGUGUCUUUAGGAACUGCCCAGAAGAAAAUCCAAGCCUUUAGCCAGGAGUAGAAACUGACUACAAUGUAAAUAUCAAAGUAAAAUUGGGCAUUCCUUGCUAUUUUUUACACCUGGAUUGCUGAUUUUUCAAGACAAAAUACUUGGGGUUUUCCAAUAAAGAUUGUUGUAAUAUUGAAAUGAGCCCACAAAAACCUAGGAAGAGACAACUAGGGAAUAAUGUAUUUUAUCUUCAAGAAAUGUGUGCAUGAUUGAUUGGUUCUUAGAAAUCUCUCCUGCCAGACUUCCCAGACCUGGCAAAGGUUUAGAAACUGUUGCUAAGAAAAGUGGUCCAUCCUGAAUAAACAUGUAAUCCUCAAGCAGGGAUAUGAAGCCUCUGAAUUGUAGAACCUGCAUUUAUUUGUGACUUAGAACUAAAAACAUCCCCCAUGUCCCAAAGGUGGAAUACAACCAGAGGUCUCAUCUCUGAACUUUCUUGCGUAUUGAUUACAUGAGUCUUUGGAGUCAGGGAUGGAGGAGGUUCUGCCCCAUGAGGUGUUAUACAUGACCAUCAAAGUCCUACAUCAAACUAGCUUUGCACAGUGGCAGUACCGUAGCCAGUGAGAUUUAUCUGAGACGUGAUUAUUGCUAAUUGAAACUUUUCCCAAUACCCCACUGUGAUGACUUGAAAUAUAAUCAGCACUGGCAAUUUUUGACAGUCUCUACGGAGACUGGGUAAGAAAAAAAA